AUGAGCUUGAGCGCCGUCAACGAUUUCGCCGAGGAGCUUUUCAGUCUCGAGACGACGAAGGUCUUCAACGUAUCCCAGAGCGAGAUAAGGGAGAUGCUCAAGUACCUCGGCCACCUGUACCUCUUGGACGUGGACGAGGGCGAAAUCGAGGAGGCGCAAUUCCUGCACGCCAUCUUGUCGCGAGCUUACGGCGAUUACACUGACGCCGAAGUGCCGAUCGAUUCUGAAGUAUACUGCUCCUGGGAGGGCAAGGAUCGCGUCCGCGAUAACAUGUUCUUUCUGCGCAAGACUCGGGACGGCUUCUGCUGCACUUUCAAUAAUUAUGCUCGACGCAGCGACGGUUUCGGCAGCUCCAGCACGAAGAGAAGCGGAUUCGUCUCGUCGAUGGUAGAAAGGUCGACUCUCAUAAAUCCAGAGUACGGAUUGAGCGUCGUCUUGAACUCUCGCAUCGACGAUUACUACUACAAGAGUAUGCCCAGCAAUGGAUUCGAGAUACUCAUUUAUUCCUCUCUGGAUUAUCCCGACGCGCCAACUGGCAGCCUGAAAGAAGUCUUCGUUCCUCCCAACUCGGAAGUUUUUGUUUCGAUGGACGCGACGAGUUUGCAUUCGGCGCCGGAGGUGAUGGCGUACGACGUGAGCGCGAGGAAUUGCUUAUUCAAUACGGAGCAGAAUAAAAUAUUCAAGGAAUAUUACAUCGCUCUUACAGCGAUUGGAUUAUUUACUGCCGAAUCCGCGAUAUCCUUCGACUCUGCAAAUUCGCCCAAAUCUUGCAAUUUGGAUGAUUUGCCGUGUUUGAAAGAAUUUACAACCUGCAACUGGAGACAAAUUCGUCCUAGGCUAAAGAAAAAAUCCAAUAUUGACAAUAUAUCCGUCAGUGUAUCUGCAGUGCGACUGUUUUCCAAGUGA